CAGUGCAGAGCCCAGUGUGGGGCUUGAACUUGCGAUCCUGAGAUCAAGACCUGAGCUGAGAUCAAGAAUUGGAGGCUUAACCGACAAAGCCACCCAGGCACCCCUAGAUUUCUCUUUACUCCUUAAUAGUCAAUCCCCAUUAGAGUUAGUAAUUUUUUAUAGUAAGCUUUCCUUUCCAUUCUUCCCUGGUACUAUCUUAGUUUCAGAAACAAAGAAAAGCACUUUUGACUUUUGGCUCAGAGGAGGUGAGGGUGCAACAGUCUUUGCUUGUCCUGAAUCUAGGUGUAUCCUACACCAGUGGCCUCCACCAUGCCGCCUAAGUUCAACCCCAAUGCAAUCAAAGUUGUAUACCUGAGGUGCACCAAUGGCGAAGUGGGUGCCACAUCUGUCCUGGCCCCAAAGAUUGUCCCAUUGCGUCUGUCUCCAAAAAAGAUUGGUGAUGAUAUUGCCAAAGCAACUGGUGAUUGGCAGGGUCUGAGGAUUACAGUGAAACUGAUCAUUCAGAACAGACAGCUCCAGACUGAAGUGGUAUCUCUUGCUUCUGCCCUGAUUAUCAAAGUCCUCAAGGAACUUCCAAGAGACAGAAAGAAGCAGAAAAACAUUAAACACAGUGGAAAUAUCACUUUUGAUGAGAUUGUCAACAUUGCCUGGCAGAUGCGGCACCGAUUUUUAGCCAGAGAACUCUCUGGAAACAUUAAAGAGAUUCUGGGGACCACCCAGUCUGUGGGCUAUAAUGUUGAUGUCUGCCACCCUCAUGACAUCAUAGAUGACGUCAAUAGUGGUUCAGUGGAAUGCCUAGCUAGUUAAGAACUACAAAGGAGAAUAUUUCAAUACAGGAUCAUUUGACAGCAACAAAACAAGAAAAAAAAAAGGAAAUAAAAGCAAGAAAAAAAUCCAAGAUUUCAUUAUAUUUUCAUAUAUAUUUGAGUUUCACUCAUUUAAUCCCUAGUUGCCAAGGAGAUGGUAGUCAUAUGGACAGUAAGGGGAGUGCAUUAACAACGAAGGGACAGCCAUGGUGGAGAGAAAAGCUGAUCCACAUGAGGACUUUGAGAGUCCUGGUAUAUCAGGGCAGGCCUUAAGGAGUGUUGUUUACUUGAGUAAAUUGAUGGAGAGGAUAUUGAUACUAAGGUUGGACCCUAGAACACUAGUGUAUUCGUUUGCUAGG